CAACACCGGCGCAUCCACACCGGCGAACGGCCCUUCGCUUGCGGCGAUUGCGGCAAAGGCUUCAUCCAACGCUCCGACCUGGAACGGCACCAACGGGUUCACACCGGUGAACGGCCCUACACCUGUGCCGAAUGCGGGAAGAGCUUCAGCGUCAGCUCCCACCUCGAUCGGCACCAGAAGAUCCACGCGGCCGAACGGGCGUCCUACCGUUGUCCCGAACCCCUCGCCGGCUUCUUGGCCGCUCACCGUCACGGUCGCCUCUUCCAAUGCGCCCAGUGCGGGCGAUGUUUCGGUCAAGGUGCCGCCUUGGUCAAGCACCAACGUGCCCACGGUACCGGAGGAACCGCCGGGCAGGUCCCCAAGUGCCCGGAUUGCGGGAAAAACCGAGGCGGCACGGUAGGGUUACGUCCUCGCGGUCAGCAGUGUAUGGAUUGCGGGAGGGAAUCCGAUCCCGGCGACGGUGACACGACGCCGGCGGCACCGCCGGAAAAGCCCUACAAGUGCGGGGAAUGCGGGAAGGGUUUCGCGCAACGUUCGGCGUUGGUGAAACACCGGCGGAUCCAUACCGGCGAGAAACCCUACGCCUGCGGGGACUGCGGGAAGGGUUUCAUCCAGAAGUCGGACCUG